UCGGGAUGGAAAAUAUGCUGUUACUUUCGAUGCAGCAACCCUUCAGGUUAAAAUUUUAAAAAAUACCGAUUAUCGCGAAUUUAAUUCCUCCGAGAAAAAAACGAACAUCGAAAGUUCUGAACAGAAUGAAUCCAAUGAAAACAAUGAAAAGUCUGAAAUCAAUGAAACUAUUGCUCACUUUAAAAUUAAUAAUGAUUUAUCUAUCAAAGCGUUUUACGAUCAUCACCCGUCAUCCGAAAAUCCGAAUUACGUCUAUGAUAAAUGGUCGAUCGAUAUAUCCAAUGAUGACGAAAAUUUUAUUUUUAUAGCAGCAUCUCGAAUAGAUGAAAAUUUUAUGAAAGAAACGGAAAAGGUUAAAAUGGUUCCAAAAACUUUCAAUAAGGGAGAUAUUCAUAUAAAUUUAACGAAACCUUCAACAGAUUUUAGAACUGUUAUUUAUUCUAUGAAGAUUAGAGAUGAUGUUAAAUCAGAUUACAUUUUAAAAGAAUUUAUUUUAUUGAACUCUAAUGGUAUAUAUAGCUUUAAAUAUAAUGAGACAAACAAAACUUUUAAUGAAGUAGAACGCUUUAAUUAUCCAGAAGUGAUCACAAAUGAAUUAGAAGUUUCACAGGAUCACAUGAAUUUAUUCUUGUCACACCUCAAUAAACAAUAUUUUUUGGUGGUUGAUGACGACAAAAAAGUUCAUGAAGUUCAUGAUCUGACAGAUAUGAAAUUAGAAACCAGUUUUAAAUCCAUUUAUAACGAUAAGUGCAAUACGUACAACCGGUACAAUAAUCAAUAUUACAAAGAAGUUUAUUCGAUCGAUAAACAAAAAUUACAAUUUUGCUUUGCACUAGGACCUCAAACAAUUGGGAUAUACCUCAUGGAACAUGGAUUGGAAAUCGCAAUUAAAACAUUUGAAAAUAUCAAUAUCCAAUUAAUUGAAUUCAUCAACAGCGAUGAGAAGUUGCUUGUGAUUGGUAGUGAUACUAAAAAUGAUAAACUUAUGAUUCUAAUCUGGGAUGUGUAUGAUACUGAUAAGGUUGAAACAAUGCAAUUAGAAUAUCUUACGACGCAAAAUCUUAAUACUUGCUUAGCUAGUACCUCUGGAAAUCUUUUGCAAGUUGAUGAUGAAGGGAAUGUAACAUCAAUUCUUAAGAUGAUUGAGCUAAAAGCAAAGAAUAAACAUGACAAUGGUAAUUCAAAUAGUUUACCUUUGCAAGAAUAUAUUCCAGGAUCUGAAGAUUUAACAUCAUUAUCCAAAUUAAAAAAUCACACAACAUGCUUUUAUGCCAACGAAAAUGAAUAUAAUAAUUUCGAGCCAAUAAUUAUAGAAACAGAACCUUGGAUAACAAUAGAAUAUGAAAAAUUUGCUUUUUAUCUUUGUCAUAAUAAGUUAGAAUGUUUACAACUCAUCGUAGGCACGUCUACCAUUCAAAUUUGGCAUCAAGUCUGUGAUAAAAAGGAAGAGAGAAAUCUUCCUAAUGAUGGAAGACCGUUUCUUGAAUUUAUUUGGACAAAUGGAAUUCCAUCUAAUCAAGAAAAUGAAGAUCACAAAUUACGUAUUACAAGUGUUCGAUUUGGUUCGAAAUAUUUUCGCUUAGAGGUUUAUUGGUAUGAAGGUUCAUAUGCGAUAGAUAUGACUGAGAUGGAAAUUAAGCAAAAAAUGAAAAAUAAGGAAGAAAUAGAUGGAAUGAUGAUCAAAGAAAAAAUAAUUGAAUGGAGUGAUAUAAAUGAAGGAGUGAAUGGAAUAAGAUACGCUUGUGAGGCAUUAGAAUUUCUUAACCUUCGUGUCAAAUCUUUUACAAGUUAUGAUAAGAUACAUAAAAAAAAUGAAAUGGUCAAGUAUAUUAAUCACAUAGUCUGGAGAUUUACUGCAAAUAAACCACAACGGUAUAGAUUACUAGAUAUUCGUUAUCAUGUUAUGAAGAAUUUAAUUCUUGUUGAUAAAAAUAAUCACGUAACUUCAAAAAAUGAUAACGAUAAUUGCAAAGAGUCCAAGAAUCCAAGCGCGUGUAUGAUUGUCGCAAUAUUAAAUUGUAGAGGUCGGAAUGAACUUAAAUAUCCAACAACAGAUGUGAAUUUAGCAAUUUACCAUUGCAGAGAUCGUAAACCAAAAGAUACGAUUAUUGUUACAUAUAUUUUGGAAUAUUAUUUAAUAUAUGCAUAUGAUUUUGAUAAUUUGCUAAGAACAGUUUCUGAUGCAUAUAUUUUAUUGAACAUAUUAAAAUAUGAAGAGUAUACUAGAAUGUUAAAAAAUGAAUGGCACACAUUUGAGAAGUACUCCUCUAAGGAUCCAAUUAAUAAUAAAUCUAUGUCGGGACUAUUUAAACUUUUUAAAACCAAAUUAAAAUCACCUGGGGAUGACACCAAGCGUUCCAGGUUCACCAAGUUUCAACGGCACUCUGACUAUACAUUAAUACUUAAACAUAUUCUAUUGUUUAUAUUUAUACCACGAUGGUAUAAAACGAACCGAGACAAGUCAAAAAUAAUUCCAUAUGUAGAUAUUGAUGAUAUGUUUGAUCUCCCGAUUAUCGAAAAAACUAUUAAUAAUCGUUGGCCUAUAUAUAUUGGUUGUAUCCCUGCCAAGGGACUUCAAUAUUAUUUAUUUUUGUUAAUUGGUGUAUUCUAUUAUUUAGCAAUUUAUCUAUUUAUUACUGAAUUAAUGCAACUAACUCAUCAUGGAUGCAAAAAAUAUUUGAGCAUAAUAUUUAAUUGGUUUGAUCUACUUUCAAUUGCAAUGCCUGUGGUAGUAAUGACAAAAUUGCUUAUUUAUACUGCUAAAUCUUCGAAUGAAUUUGGAAGCAUUGAAGCAAAAGACUCUCAAUUAAUAUUGGAAAUAUCUUAUUCAAUUUUAAUAAUUUGGAUUGAAUUUAUUUUAUAUUUCCGAUUGAUACCAAAUUCUACAUUAGACGGUGUUACUACAAAUUCAUCCGAUGAUAAUCCAUUCUCUUCCUUUACUACUUCAUUAAUCGCUGCAUAUUAUUGGACUAAUGGUAAUUUUGUUCAAAGGGAACGGUAUAAUUCAUUAUCUGUUGAAGUAUUUACUAUAAUUAUUAGCAUUUUGGUUGUAAUAAUUUUGCAGAAUAUGCUGAUUGCUAUUAUGGGUAAUGUUUAUGAAAGCGCAGCGGCUAAAAGUAAGCAAGCGGUAUUAAAAUAUAAAGCAAUAGAGAUAUCAGAUUAUGAUGAUUUACAACAUCGCUUUGAUUUUUGGUAUCAUGAUCCAGAAUUUAUUCCUUCUAAAAAACGUGUCAAAAAUUUUAAAAAUGACAUUCAUCAAGAUAAAUAUAUAUCAGAAUUUGCAAAAGAACUAGAUUACGAUCGACAUUCAAUUUGGCAAUUUUAA